AUGCAUAACCGGUUAGACGAGUUGCUUCGAGUAGGGAUACAGGACGCGGAUUCAAAACAGCGCAACGACGUUAUGGACGUAGCAAAGACCCUUCUGGAAAAUCCAUUGACUCUAAACGAAGAGGCGGCGAUUGUUGCCAAACUGAGGCGCUUCAAACAACUAGGCGAACCCUUCUGGCUAAAUUAUAUGUCUAAAUUGGAAAACCGCAUAAAGUUAACACACAAAAUAGUGCCUCAGCACCACAGUCGGGAUGUUGCCGGUGCUGAACGCGAUGGUAGGCCCGAUACGAACAUUCGUGGCUUACUCGAGCUGGCUCAAUCACUCCUUGACGAAAAUGUUUCGUCAAAAAACGUUGCAACGCUUUUUGUAAGAUGGGUUAAAAACCACAUAUACGACUUGGUACCGGGUCAGCUGGAUUUAUUCAAUGGCAUAGUGGAGUAUAUUUUCCGCACUGGCCAGCAACGUCAACUAUCAGCAGCGGAUUUCGACCCUAUAGCGGAGUGUGCUUGGGAGUUUGAAUCACAUCUGCUUGUGGAUACACUCUACCUUCUUGGCAAACUUGGUAUCAAGAACGAAACUGUACUCACAACUGUAGGUAGAGUCAUUCACAACGAUAUUGCGCUGGGUAAACUGAGUCCUUAUCACAAAACGAAGCUUGCCAGAGCCUAUGCUUUGCUCAAACACAAUCACAUCACGUUCUAUUCACACAUUGCCGAAGAACUUCGCAUAAUAUUCCAGGGGAAGGAUAUAGGAAAAUAUUCAUCCGAAACUGUUACCAGGAAAAGUGAUUACGUUGAAGGUAUAGUAUCAGCUACGUUAGCACAUCCCAGCGGUGUUAUAUGUGAAAUCCUUCCGCGCAUAAACACUGAUGGAGAUGUUGACGAACAGCGGAGUUCAGUUGAAUCUAUCGCAUUCACAGGUUUGAAGGAGCAGUUGUACAGUGACGGACAAAUUAUUUAUAUCUUGGAUUCCAUGCUCUACCUAAAUCUGCAUCAUCUCGAGAGAUACUUUGUGAGGUUGCUCUCCAGCGCGAUCAAACACUGCUAUACAACACAAUCUCUGGCCCAGUUUGAUGUGGAACAGCUUAGGAGUGCCAUCACACUGCUCGCUCAAUGCGGGAAGACCGUAGAUGACACCGUUGUAGAGUUCAUUUCACGACGGUUCAUACAGUCCUACGUCGACGGGCAGGCCACUAAUGCUCAGCUGACACUUUUUCUAAAGGACCUUGUGAAAUAUACGCGUCAAGUGACAAAGAAAGUAAACCGACGUGGGCGCAUAUGUUUCAAGGCAGCAUUCCCUGCGCCCACAUGGUUACGCAAACCCUUGUCAGAAAUGGAAGACGCACCGGGUGGGAAUGCUGCGCCGUCUAUGCUGGAGUCUUGUUGUGCAGCGAUCUGUCAGAAUGUGCACAGUUUCGAAAUUGUUGAUCUAACAUCAUGCAUUCGUUCUGUGGCGUAUCUAGGCCUAAGAAACGAGAAUUUCUUCAAGGCAUUCAUUCCCUUCUUCAAAGACAAGAUUGCUUCCGUCAGCCAUCUGGGCAUAACGAAUUUGACCCAGGCGCUUAUUAAAGCGAACGUCAGAGAUGAUCACCUGUUUUAUCUGAUGGGACAGCAGCACCAAUUAUCUUUGCUUGCUGACGAUAAAGCGCACAAGCUAUACGUUAAACGCAUUGGGUAA